UCGUGCACGAGCGCCCGGCUCACACACCUCCCGCGGCCUUUGGGCGGAAGUGGGUCCAUUUUUCCUCUCAGUCGGAUAAGAGCGGCUCAAGGAGCUGCAGCCCGCGCAGCGCACACCGCACGUUCAUGUUGACGAUUCACCCGAGAGUAAACAACGGCCAAAACCACCAGUAAGGGACGCGGCUGGGCUCCGUACGGUCGCCGGACCGAGCUUUUCCGCGCUAGUAGGGCACAUUUCUCCUCUCCCUACGCCGCCGGAGGAGAACAAAAAAUCCCUGCGCAUUCCUCAACGCAGAGAGCCCGAGAGGGAGAGCAGCCAACGGUGCGGACGGGCGAGAAGGAGCGCUGGAAGCGGCCUCUUCACAGGGUGGACCCACCGGGGCUGUUGGCGGAUGUUUGGGCUCCAUCCGUGUUUGUCUCUGGCGCCUUAACGAGCCGAGGCGCGCGGUCCCACCGUCGCUUGGAUGAAUAAUUCACUGUCCCUCGGUCCGAGGCUCGCGCUGCGAACACCUACCGACAGCCGGCUGCGCCCGACGCCGCCGGAGCUCCCGGCCCCCAUGGUGGACUAGAACCGAAAACAACACGAGAACACCGAGUCAACACGGGCCUGAGGUGGAGGGUAGAACAACCUAUAUUGAAAAAUACUUUGGUGGUGUGGGAGCUGUUCUGUGGCGCAGAGCCCCGUCAGUCAUGUUGCCGAGUCGGUGGGGGAGGAGAGACGGAGCCCACUGUACUUCGACGCCGAUCCGGUUUCACGCCACUUUCGGGUUUAUUUUAUGAUCCUAUCCACGAAGCAUCGCCAACAUCGUCCAUUGUUGGUGUUCUUUGACGGGAUGAUGCUUCAGCCUUACACACGCGCAUCCAGCUCAGCAGCCUGACUUACUGUUUCUCUAUUUGUUACCUCAAAAACUCUCUGUGGAGAAGUGGCUGCCUCCGUGCUUUGCAUCAGGUCAGAGUUAUAUAAUACAGAGGGGGAUCUGUAUGUCGUUUAGCACCGUUUUCACUUUCUGACUUUAUUACCUCAUGAAUCUACCUCAAUCUGCACAUUGUUUACUACACGACGGGCCGCUGUGUCCUCAUGAAUACCUCAUUCUCGUCGCUGCGCAUGUUUUAAACUGAGCCCGUGUUUCGGUAACGCUGCUGCAGAUGGCUUCGUUUCCAGAAUCGGACCUGCAGACGUGCCCGCUCUGCAAGGAGCUGUGCGGCUCCUCUGCUCCCAUCUCCUCCAGCUCGUCUACCUCCUCCUCCUCCUCGCACACCUCGUCCUCCUCCAGCCAGACCACCAGGAGACUCCACGUCCUGCCCUGCCUCCACGCCUUCUGCAGGCAGUGCCUCGAGGGCCAGCGCAGUCCCGGGGACCCGCUGAAGCUGCGGUGCCCCACCUGCGACCAGAAGGUGUCCAUCUCCGAGGCCGGCGUGGACUCCCUGCCUUCCUCCAACUUCCUCUUCAGCAACCUGCUGGACGUGGUGGUGAGCUCCGAGGAGCAGAUCCAGAACAAGAACGGCCACCACCACCACAACAAUCACCACCACCGAGGAGGCCUUGGUGUGGGCUCCUCUGGCUUCCAUCUUCCCCAACGAGGCCUGCUACCUUCACACCUCCUGGGUGAGCCUCAGUGUAGCUCCUGUGAUGAGGAGAACCCAGCCACCUCCCACUGCCUUGACUGCCAGGAAUAUCUGUGUGACAACUGUGUGCGGGCACACCAGCGGGUGAGGCUGACCAAGGACCACUUCAUUGAGCGCCUGGGAGAGAGCCUCCUUUUGGGCCGGGUCAACGCCAACAGCAACCCGGGCCAGCCGGGGGUGUCCGUGUCCCUCGCCCAGUCCCUGCAGAACAACUUUGCCCUGCUGUCCCUUUUCCAGGAUCGCAUGAGCUUCUGUCAACACCACGACAAUGAGGUGUUCCUGUUCUUCUGCGAAACCUGCUCGGUGCCUAUCUGCAGGGAGUGCAGUGUGGGCCGUCACAUGGGCCACACCUUUGUUUACCUGCAAGACGCCGUGCAGGACUGCAGAGCCAUCACCAUCCAGCUGCUGGCAGAUGCAGAACAAGGACGACAGGCUGUGCAGCUGAGCAUGGAGAAGGUCCAGGCCAUGGCAGAGCAAGUGGAGAUAAAGGCAAAGGUUGUGCAGACUGAGGUGAAGGCACUCGUCCUGAGACACAAGAAAGCGCUGGAGGAGAGGGAGUGUGAACUACUGUGGAAGGUAGAGAAGAUCCGUCAGGUGAAGGCCAAGUCUCUGUACCUGCAAGUGGAGAAGCUGCACCAGAGUCUGACCAAGUUGGACUGCACCAUCGCCGCUGUCAGCCAGGUGCUGGAUGAGGGCCACCACCUCGAUGUGCUGCUGGCUAGGGAGCGAAUGCUCACACAGAUCCAUGAGCUCAAGGCUCUCAGGGGCCUGCUUCAGCCGCAAGAGGACGACCGCUUCAUGUUUACUCCUCCAGACCAGGCUCUGCACAUAGCCACCCAGUCCAUGGGUCUGAUCAGUAGUGGAGCCUUUGCCCCGGUCACCAAAGCCCACGGGGAGGGUCUGAAGAGUGCGCUUCGUGGCAAGCCUGCCUCCUUUACUGUGAUUGGAUAUGACCAUGAUGGCGAGCCACGUCUCUCUGGUGGUGACACGGUGUCUUCAAUAGUCAUGUCAGUUGGCGAUGGAAACCUGUCUGCAGCAGAGGUAACAGACCACCAGAAUGGCUCGUACACCGUCGGCUACGUGCCCAAGUGUGAAGGGGAGCUCCUCGUUUCAGUGCUGGUGUGUAACCAGCACAUCCAGGGCAGCCCCUUUAAGGUGAUGGUGAAGUCGGGGCGCAGCUAUGGGGCUCUUGGUUCACAAGUCGCAGCCUUCGGUUGUGAGGGGGAAGGAGAUGGUCAGCUCUGUCGUCCCUGGGGCAUCAGCGUGGACAAGGAGGGCUACGUGGUGGUGGCUGAUCGAAGCAACAACCGAGUACAGAUAUACAAGCCUUGUGGUGCCUUCCACCAUAAGUUUGGCUCUCUGGGUUCUCGGCCUGGUCAGUUUGAUCGUCCAGCCGGGGUCGCAUGUGACAGUCAGAGACGAAUCAUUGUGGCUGAUAAGGACAAUCACCGUGUACAGGUGUUUACUUUUGAGGGCCAGUUCCUGCUCAAGUUUGGGGAAAAGGGUACCAAGAAUGGGCAGUUCAAUUAUCCCUGGGAUGUGGCUGUCAACUCUGAGGGUAAGAUCCUGGUCUCCGACACCAGGAACCACCGCGUGCAGCUCUUCGCCCCCGACGGGUCCUUCCUCAACAAGUACGGCUUUGAAGGGGCCCUGUGGAAACACUUUGACUCUCCCAGAGGAGUGGCCUUUAACCACGAAGACCACCUGGUGGUGACCGACUUCAACAACCACCGGCUCCUGGUCAUCCGGCCUGACUGCCAGUCGGCCCGCUUUCUGGGCUCCGAAGGCACAGGGAACGGGCAGUUCCUGCGGCCCCAGGGUGUCGCCGUGGACCAGGAGAACCGCAUCAUCGUAGCCGACUCCCGCAACCACAGAGUCCAAGUGUUCGAGCCCAAUGGAAACUUCUUAUGCAAAUUUGGCACCCAGGGGAGCGGCUUUGGACAGAUGGAUCGCCCCUCCGGUGUGGCUGUGACGCCUGACGGAGUCAUUGUGGUUGUUGACUUUGGAAAUAAUCGCAUUCUCAAAUUCUAAAAAAAAUAGUUGCAUUCUCUCCCUCCAUUUGUCCUUUCAGCUUUUUCAAUGAAGGAAAUGGAGGCGAGGGAAUGAAUCAACUGUCAGAACAGGAGGAGAGCUUAGAGAGGACUGAGAGCAAGUUGAAAUGAAGGGAAAAUAAAACUAUAGAUUUUUUUUCUUUUUUUUCGUUUGCAUUGAUAUUUUCCAAAUCAGAUAUCUGUGGUUUGUAUGACAAAGGGGACCUCUACAAAUUGAUAAUCAGUAGACAAAGAGCCAUAUUUCCCUUCGUCGCUCUCAACUGCUCUGAGUUCUUUCUGUUAGCUCUCCUUACGAAUCCAUCUCAGGGAAUUUCUCACUUUUCUUGAAAUCUUACACCCUCUGCUCCACACCUACCUCAUUUAGCUCUUUAUGAAUGUACUCAUAGUCACUGAGCAGAGGUUUUAGUCCGUGAAGUUUUACAAAGAAGAAAAGUCUAACUCUAUAGUUUGUUAUUUAAGAGAGACAAAAAAAAGAAUAGACUCUUCAGUUGAUAUUUGCACAGGAUUAAUGGAAUUCUUGCUGUGCAUUUUGAAAAUAUGAGUUAAAGUGAACCUCCUGAAUGUUGUUGCUGAGACAAUACUCAGACCACUGUAGAGGCUGCAUGAUUUAUUGUCAGACGGCUCGCUUGGAGGGGAAAUUAGGGUACAGUAGUGUCCUUUUCAUGUUUUUGGCUUGUUCAUUUUUCGCUUAUGCAUCAAUCCUCGUCUCUCGUGGCUCUGUUGAGUUUUUUUGUGUGAUGAUAGCCGAAGUGUGUGAGAAGUGAUGCCAAACUUGAUAGAAUCAAAAUUAGCUCAGGUCAUUGUAGGACUGAUUAGAAUGAUCAGUACUUUUCAGGCGCUCCCUCUAGCUUUACUUGCUACUUUAUUGAUUCACGAGAAAAUAGUUUAGGGAACCAUCUUCAAAAUGAUCCCUGAGAUCCCCGAAAUAAGCCCUGUAAUAAAAUUACCUAAAGUAGCUUUAGCAUCCAUACACCGCCCCACCCCAACCGUGUCUUGUAAGACUGGAUGAAUUCUGGUUUUGAUAAAGUAAGACAACCUGUGCUCUCCAGACAAUUGCAUGAACAACGAUGAUGCAAAGACUCGAAUGCAAGGAGAGCAGCGUCUCCUCCGAAAGCGAGGACCCACCAAAGGAUUUUGGAGAAAACCUUCCAGGAUCUGGAUCUAUUAGUGAUCUUAACAUAGAGAUUUAAUCAUAUUAUUGAAUGACACCUUUUUGAUGAGGCAUGCUGUGUAACAAAAGCCUCAGAUGAAGACAUCUAAUUCGGCCGUCCAGAGGACAUUAAUGACAUCAAAUCACAGGGCUAACAUUACAAUCCUCUGGAUUCCGAUGUAAGCCACCCCCCGUUGGCUCCUGGGGCCUGUAGUCCAGUCCAAUGAGGAGGGCACCAUUGUGAAGCCAUGCCCUAUUUAUUGAUGUUUGGAGCUGUGAAGUCAUCUCCAGAUUCAACGCUAGUUGACGGAUUCCUCUAAAGAUGAAGGUCUAAAGACCAAAUGUUAUAGUCAACCAAAGUUAGAAUUUCUGCACAUUGGCCAGAUCUAGAUUUAGCUAUUUAAUAAACGAAUCCUCCCCUUUAAAAACAUUUUCUUGAAUAAUCAUUGUUGCUGGGAAUUCUAAAGUUCACAAAACUCAGUUGUGAGUUCAUAGCACUGUCCAUGCUAGGCUUAGAUGGAUAAAGUGUACUUGGGGCAAAGUAUAUUGUGCAUGAGUACUUGUACAUCCUGCAGAGACCAAGACCCUCACUGUUUGAGGCAGGGUUUAGAAGAAGACCCUUGUCGUCUGUCUGCAGAGAUGUUCGAGUACAGGACAGAGGAACACUGCACCAAAGAGAACCCCUUUCUUCCCUCUCGCAUUUAUCGCAUCAGCCAUCAAAUGAUGCCCCCGGUUUUAUUAGUGUUAGACGGCCUGUGGGCUGAAAGUAGAAUCUUUCAUUAGCCUUUAUAUCCCUCUCUAAUUUCCAUAGAAACAAAUAGAUUAUAAGUCUUUGUUGUGAAAGCAUUGUGGGUUUUUGAAUCCCCUUACCCUCUGUGUCUCGCUGGAAGCACUAAGACAAUUAAGGUUCUGUUAGCCACUUCCUUAGCCUGGCACAGAAUCCUGGGACCCAUGAAAAGAGUCACUGACCGGCUCUCGCCUCUGAGGAGAGGGCCUGUGUGCACAUGAUCAGGAUUUACAUCCUCAUAUCUCAGAUAUCCUUUCCCCUCAACACUCGUUGAACCUCCUCUUGUAUACCUCAAUUCCUGAAUACCUCAAAUGUGUUACUCAUAGCUACUGUGCAUUUAAACAUUCAAAUACCUCAACUUGUAACUCUCAUUCUGAAUACCUCAUUGCUCUUUAUUUAAGCAUACCUCGUCAGAUAUUAAUGCAUUACGAAUAUACCUCAUUCUUUGAAUCUUCUUGUGUUACAGGAUGUCUCAUAGCUCUAGGACCAAAGAUCUUGGUACUGUUCAGAGUCCAAAUUAAAACUUGUGUUAUGUUCAUCACUCCACCUGGCAGCCCUUAACAGCUUUUGGUUUGUCGAAUCUACUGUAAAAUGCCUGGUAAAACUCUGCCUUUUUAUCACAAAAUAUUUCAGAUGGAAGCAUUGUGCCAAAAUGAUCCGGGAGACUUCUGUGCCAAACAGAGCUGGCAUUUGGACCGCACUGUUUGGAGAACGAGAAAUGUCACUGGACCAUUAUAUCAUAGAAACAGAUGUAAAAUCAGAGCACACCAGGACCAAUCCUCGCUCUCCUGACUGGAUGCGCUUAACAGGGCUGGGCCCCAUUUAUCUUUAGCUAAUCAUCAUGAUGAUGAAGAACAUACAGAUUACAUUUGUAUUUUGUGACUGUGUACAAGGGGUGAGGGGAAGAGGAAACUGCCUCUUUUAAAGAGUUAAGAACUUAAAAUGCACAACCACAACCUCUAAAAUCAGCACAAUUAACCAAUAUUUCAGCUCGGACUGUAAAAUGCUUGGUGAUUCAUGUUGAGGGCUUGGAGACAAGUCUGAACUCAGCCUCUGACUGUUUUUAACAAACACGUCAGAGGAUUUACACAGGCUGGAUUGUUAUUUAAGUCGAGCUAUUAGCACAUUGAUAGGGAUCCAGUUCCAGUCGAGAGACCCUGCUGCUUUGAACCCAACACCUAGUUUCACCAGUAAGAUUAGUUUUUUUGCUUUUCAGUGUUAUUCAGUGAAGUGUUCAUUCACGUUGCAUCAGAUUUUAAUUAAGAUUCCAGAAUUCUAUCUUUGAGAUCUUUAGGUCUUCACUCUUAAAGAGAAAAAAAAUAUGUAUUUUAAACCUUUAUUUUGUUUUUCAUUUUGUUGCAUGCUUUAAAAAGUCCUUGUAUUAUACUGACGUCUCUCAGAUAGGUGUUUGAAAAACUCAGAUGGGGUGGGAAGCUGACUAUUGGGAUGAUUUUUACCAAAAUAUAUACCCAAAGAUUUAUAUGUGUGUAUUGCUUUGGAUGGAAUUAACCUUUGACCUUGGCGAUUGUAUUUCCUGUUCUCAAGAGGCUCUGCAGAGCACAACCUGUUAAGCUAGCCACGCCUCAAUUCCUGAGCAGCAGCAGAGGCCGAGUUUUGAGAUGAAUGCAGAAGGCUGGUCGGCCCCUCAAACGCUAGUGCUUCAUUACCUUUAACUCCCUUCUAAAUGCGGAAAAUGGAUAAAUGAACAUAAAGUCCUUUCACACUCGAGCUAUGUAUUGUACGGAGGCACUGAAAGCUUCCUGCCGAAGUGUAAAGUACUGAGUGCAGCCAUUUUGUGCGUGGAUGUUGUUUUGGGAUCUCUCGCUGUCAUGUGAGAAGCAACUAGGACUCCCCAGUACAAACUAUCAGCUCCCCUCCUCAUCUUUAUAAAAGUCCAGGAUGUGUGGCGAUGGCUGCUGAGCAUGUGAUUGGUUGACUGCAAUCCACUCGUGCUUUUUUGAUCGGGCCCCUGUGGUUUAUGUCCACCAUUUUAUAUUUUGCCUCUCACGGUUUAAAGAGUGAGGGAAAAAAAGCAAAGGUGCACCAGGUGACGUGUUCAAGGUCGUAGCCCUCCUUUUAAUGAGUGUAUUGAAAAAGAGAGAGAAAGAAAGAAAGAAAAAAAAAAAAAAGUUUGAAAUUUUAGAAAGCAAAAAAUUAAACUCAGGUAGUUCUCAGCAGCCCUGCUCUGCAGGUGUCUCAUUGAAACGUGUCCCGUAGUGAUGAAGUAGUGACUUCUUCCCCCCCCCCCCAUCAUAAUGAACUCUCAGUACUAGUCUGAUUCCUUUGUGUCCAGUUACCUAUUAUGAAAACAAAUUACUUGUCAAUCUGAGAAAAAAAAUAUUUCAAUUAGUUUCCCCUGAUUAAUCUUUUUGUUUUUGUUGCCAAUUUUUCUUUUUCCUUUAACCAGAAAGUACAAAUACUUCACACCACUUGAUGCUCAUUGGCCCUUUUAGAAUGUAUUUUGUGAAGAAAAGGGUCAAAUGGGAUCUUGUUGAUGCUCACUCCCUACAACCAGCUGCUGGAAGCCUUAUAAGACUGAACAGAGACCACAUUCAGAAAAUAAAUACUCCGCUCUAAGAUCUGUUGCAAAUUUUUCACACCAGCAAUACUAUUAUGAGUAGAUGUUGGAAUCAUGUUAUUAUAGAGGAACAUGCCGCAUCGUGUUCAUUAAUAAAAACCAGCCUGUCUGGGGGGGACGUUUGGCUCGAGGGGAUGACAGCAGCUUGUCCAGGCUCUUGUUGUUCCCACCUGUCCCGUUCUCCCAGCAGCCGGGUGUGUGCGGAGUGGUCACUGUGUUUGUGCGCUGCAUCUGUGUUGUCUGAGCAGAGAUCCACUGAAUGUAUUCUCCUCACAGUCCCAAGAGGCAGGGCGGGCCAGUGUGGCCAGCUGAGUUUAGAAGGGUGCUGCUGGUGCUUCCUCUUCCAUGCCGCCGUGUGUGUCAGUGUGUGUGUAUGUGUGUGACUUUCCAUAUGUCUACCAGUCAAAACCAUGUGUGUGUGUAUUUUUCCAGUCCAACUCCCCUCCCUGAACACACACACACACACACACACACACGUUGUGCUGAGUGGAAGUGCACAUGUCAGGUCUUCAGUCUAAAUAAGGCAAAGGAGACAAUAAUAUAUUGGCCACCUGCUGCUCUCUCUGUACUCAAUGGACUUUAAACAUUUCCUAUGCAGUUUUUUUUUUGUUUACACUUAAAUAAAGUUGUUUUUCUUUGA